AUGAAUUUAAAUUCUGUUGUUGAAAAUGUUACUAAGAGUGUGGGUCUAAAUGAUCACCAGGAAGGUGUAUCUUUUAGUCAAUUUAUUUGCGAUCUAGUUGUUGAAAGUAUUCUUAAAACUUUGGAUCAAGGUACUGAUGGUUGUAUAAAUCAGAAACAAGUUGAAGAGGAUGUGAAUGAGAAUUUGACUGGUUUUGAUGAUGGGACUAUAAAUUUGGGUGAGGAUGAUCAUAAGAAAAAAGUAAUUUUAGAUCAUAAUGUUGAUAAAGUUAUUGUAGCAAAGAAGGAUGGAGAAGGUGAAGAUGUCGAACAUUGUUCAAAAAAUGUUGAAGAUUGUUCAAAUAAAAACAAGGAUUCAAAUGAGACUCGAUCAUUGAAAAAUAAGAUUGUUCCAAGUUUUAGCCUUGGAUUUAGUCAAGAUUCUGAAGGUGAUGUUGAUUUCGAUGAUAAGUAUGGUGCAGUUUUUAAACCUCUUAAAAAGUCUUUUUUAAGGUAUAUAAAAGAGAUCAAUCAUGCUAAAGCAAAUGAAAUGGCUGAUAAAAAUGUUACUCCAGUAAGAUUGAUAAUGCCAUGGAGGACGGUUUAUAACAAAGUGGAUUGUGGAGUUUUUGCUAUGAUAAAUAGGUUGUAAAUGGAAAUGUGGUCUUCCAAAAAAAGGUGCUUCUCAGGAAUUUUUUUUGGAGAAGUUGAGAAUGAAAUAUGCAACAACAAUGUUAACUUUUGAGAUUAAUAAAAAGCAUGAUGAUGUGUUAAAAGCUGAGUAUGAGUAUCAAAAAGUUGAUCUAAAAUUCGUGGUAAGCAUGCAUAUGAUGCUCAAUGGAAUAUAGAAACAA